AUGGACAAUUUGAGAAUUGAAGAAGUUGCCAUUAACUUGAAACUAUUGAAACUAUACCGAUUCUAUCACAUGAUGAAACCGAAUGGUACAAAAAUUUUCAACUGUAAUGCUUAUCGACUAUUAUUUUUUCUUUACGGUGCUAUCGUGAACAGUAUGGUCGUUUACAGCAUUAUAGGGUUUUUUGUCGACAUGGAUGAUAGCCUAGCCAUAAGUGACGUUGAUCUCUUUUUAAUCUUAUUUGUUAUGAUCAAUUUUUUUUUUUGCUCUUGGAGGAUAUCCUUUAUUCUGAAAAAAAGCAUCACAAUUGGUGACGCGUUAAGCAUUUCGCGGUUUAAUUUUUUUACAAGCGAACAUUGUUGUAAACAUUUAAGUGUGUUAUACGACAAUCGUGACAGAACGAUUAAAAUCACUAAUUACUUUUUUAUAUUCUCGAUGAUAGUAUUAAUGCAAUGGAUAAUAUUUCCCAUCAUGGUAAUCACGUUUACGGCGCCCGAUAUCGAAAAUUGUCGCUUACCGAACAUUAUGAACUUGCGUUUUCCGGUAUCUACACACACUUAUAAUCAAUAUUAUUUUAUAUUUUACCUAAUGGAAGUAGCGAUAUCAACAUUCCCCAUAUACGUAAUAAUGGUGACAGACACACUAAUAUUGUCUUUCAGUUUGGCUAUAAUUUCUCAACAGGAAGUCCUCUGUCGGGCUUUUAAAAACAUCGGACACGAAGAAAACUCUCAAUCAAAAUGUUAUGAAGAUUUUAAAUCAAUUCUAGGAGAUCAAAUACAACUUAAUCUGAAAAUCAAAUCAUAUUAUUCAAUAGUGAGGCCUGUUAUUUUAGCAAACGUUGCUAUGUCUUCGACUUUUUUCAUAAUUGUGACAUAUGUGUUAAUCGUGGUUUGUUUUUCAAAAGAAUCAAAUCAAAUUCUUACAAUUAUCAAACUCGGAUCAUCAGCCCUCUUUAUUUCUGCGCAAUUUUUUUUAUAUUGUUAUUUACUUGACAGAAUGAAUCUUAAAAGAGAAUCUGUUAAUUUUGCCAUAUAUUCUUGUGAUUGGACAAAAAUGGAUUUAAAAUUUAAAAAGUUAUUAUUAUUAACUAUGCGGAUGAAUGAUGCUAAUAAUUUAAUGAUCAAAGUUUCUCCAAAAAAAGUCGUCAACUUACAAAUGUUUACCAAUGUCAUAUCGAUGUCUUACAAUAUUAUCUCGGUCAUGCUGAAAACUACAAAUUCUAAAAAUGUAAUUUCAGAAUAAAUUAUAUUCAUAAAAGUAAACUUAAUUUGCCAACAUUU